CGACGUGAAAAAGCGGAGGAGGAAAUGCGCGAAAAGGAUGAUACUACAAAAAAUCGACGACGCACAAACGGCACACGUAAAAAAGAGCCAAUUAUGGCAGCAACAGCACAAGAAGCCAUGGAAAAAGUCAUACAUGAGAAGAAGCUGUCAAGUAAAAUAAAUUACAAUAUUUUGAAAGAAAUCGAAGAUUCGGACGAGUUGCCAUCCCGGCAGGAAGUUACAGCCGACAGUGGUAAGGCACUACCGGAAAAAGAGGAAGAACUUACUGGAAGUGGAAAUGAUAACGCUGAUUCGACGGAACGCCCAGUGGAACUCAGUUCAGUUGCAGAGGUGGCCGACAGCAAGAAAAGCACUUAUUUACUAAGACGAAAAAUAUCGAAGCCGUCGUCUCGAAAGCGUGCACAACCAGAUCCCGCGGCUCUUAAUAUGGUCAAGCAAGCGCUGUCAGAUGUACAUGAUACAAAAACUGCGAAGAUAAGCCUUACUCAGAAAGAAUUCACGAGUAUUUCAUCCAAAGAGGAAGACAAAGGCGCCAGAAUGGAUGAGGAAUUCGAAAAUAAAAGAUCACGUAAGCUGACUUCGUCGUCAACAGCCUCAACCAGCAAAGACAUCUGUAGCAGCACUGUUUUAAUAGAAUCAGAAGAGCCACAACCAUCUACUUCAUGUACAGCAGCAGAUGAAGCCGACAUUGCCAGCAGAAGCAGCAGCAGUAUUACAGAGAUGGAAAAAGAAAGAAAAAGGCCAAAAAGAUUACACAUCGCUGAGGAAACACCUGCUGCACCUGAUGCUACUUCAAGUUCUGCAUUAUCACUGGAAACUUCCGGAGCAUCCGCGUCUGCACCUCGAAAAUUGCCUGCCAAAACAAGAUAUAUCAGGGCAUUGCCAAAUCUUACAUGCGCUAGAACUGAGAAACGGGAUUCUGCUGCAACUGUGUCGGAGAUUUUGCCAACUACUUCUGGCGACAGUGCAGCGGAGCAAAUGAAUAUAAAACCAGAAAUUUCUCGUGUAACAAGAAGCACCAAAAUGCAGGACAACGAAAGUGCUCCAGGGGAGGAAUCAACGAUCCAAAAGACGGAUAAUGCUAAAUCCUGA